AAUUUAAUAUUGUCAAGAUGUCAACCCAAUGGAAUCCCAAAAAGCUUAAGAAAUUAAUGCUCAAGCCUAUCCAUCUUGUGUAUAAGUACUUCCAAAGUAAGGCAAAGGUGGAAGUAUGGCUGUAUGAAAACAAGGUAACCAGAAUUGAAGGAAAGAUUAUUGGAUUCGAUGAGUACAUGAACAUGGUCCUGGAUGAGGCAGAAGAAGUAAAUAUCAAAACAGGUAAAAGAAAAGAAGUUGGGAGAAUAAUGCUCAAAGGAGAUAAUGUGACCCUUAUCUGCAAUAUCACGGAGUAGCUAAAGUAAGUUCCUUCCCUAAAGAGCGAAAAUCCACU